AUGAGUAAAACACCUUCUCACUUUACUAAAAUCACUGAUUAUGAUGAAUGCACUAUUAGAAAGCUCCUUGUCAAGGCAACUAGAAUCAAAUCAAAUCCGGGUGUGUAUGCCCAUCGCAUGAAAGACAAGAAUCUUUUAAUGCUUUUUGAAAAACCUUCUCUCCGUACAAGAAUUUCUUUCGAAACAGCAAUGUCUCGAUUUGGUGGCAAUGCCAUCUAUUACACCAGUGAAGAAAGUCCAUUCGGAAAAAAAGAGAAUGUCAAGGACACUGCCAUGUGUGCCUCUCAAUAUGUGGACGUUUUUGUGUUGCGAUUAAUGUCAAGAGAAAGUUUGUUAGAAUUUGUCAAGUAUUCGCAAGUUCCAGUAAUUAAUGCCUUAGAUAAUUGGGCUCAUCCAUGUCAAAUUCUUGCAGAUUUACUCACAAUAGCCGAGUUGAAAUUAACACCAAAACCAGUGCAUGAAGAUCAUUUAAAAUUCAACAAAAUUCGAAUGGCCUAUUAUGGAGAUUGCAGAAACAAUGUCACAUAUGACCUGAUGAGAGCAGCAGCUUUGCUUAAUUUCAAACUAGUGUUAUGUGGUCCGGAAGAUUCUCGUUUCAAACCAGAGCAAGAAGUUUGGGAUGAAGUGAACCGUAUCAAUGACAAGGCAGUAGAAUGGCUUUCUGAUCCAAGUGAAGGUUCUAAAAAUUGUGACGUUGUCUACACGGAUUCAUGGAUGUCUUAUCACAUCCCAGCCAGUGAAGAAGAAGAGCGUGUGAAAGUACUUCAACGUUAUCAAGUCGAUAUGGAAGUUCUAAAACAUGCCAAAAAGGAUGUGGUUUUCAUGCAUUGCUUACCAGCUAAGAGAGGUCAAGAAGUGACCGACGAAUAUGCCCAACAAGCUCUCUUAUUGUACAUUGUGUUUGGUUCGAAGGUAUUUUGUGAGAAUGAAAAAGAAGCCGAGUUGCUGAGUGAGGAGAAGUAUUUUCAAAUGGCACCUCGCCACUUGAAUAUGAUGCAUCGAAAAUUUAAAGAAAAGACAUCACCUGCUAUUAGACAUGUGACAGACGCUAAAGGAUUACCGUUCAACAGAGUUGUCAUUAGUUUGGGUGGUCAUGCUCUUCAAACCAACACCUCUCAAGAUUUUUCCUAUCAAGAUUUGAAGGAUAACAUUGACAGGACAUGCAUGGAACUUGCCAAAUUCAUUGAGGGUCAGCGACCUCAAAAUUUAUGCCUUUCUCAUGGAAACGGACCUCAAGUGGGUUACAUUCACAAGUGUAUGAAUGGUCCAAGUAGUAGUGGUGACUCUGGUACGACCUCUGAAAGUGGCUCCAAAGAUGAUAUUUACAUGCCUUUGGAUAUGUGUGGAGCAUUGAGUCAGGCUGAAAUUGGUUAUCUUUUUCAACAAUCACUUCAGAAUAACAUUACGGAAGAGCAUUGGAAGAAUCGAAUUGUUUCUAUCAUUACUCAAGCAGAAGUGAAUCCAAACGAUGCAGCAUUCAACAAACCCACAAAGCCCAUUGGAAGAUAUUAUUCAAAGGAAGAAUACCAAAAGAUGUUUCAAAUGGGUCAACAGCCAAGAUUUGCACACAUGAAACAUUUCAAGGAUGGUUAUCGAAUGGUGGUACCAUCUCCUGAUCCAGUUAAAAUUGUUGAGGAAAAUACCGUCAAGACACUCAUCGAUCAAGGAAAUAUUGUCAUCAUGGGAGGAGGUGGAGGAAUUCCUGUGGUGAGAGAUCGAAAUGGAAAGCUGUCUGGAAUUGAGGCAGUUAUUGAUAAAGACAAAACAAGUGCAUUAAUUGCUGAGAUUAUUGAUGCUGAUUUGCUUGUUAUUCUUACUCAAGAAGAUGGUGUGUUCUUGGAUUACAGAACAGAAAAACAGAGAAAAAUUGACAAGAUGGACACAAAAACAGUGCUUGAGAGAAUAAAGGAAGGUGUGUUCGAAGAAGGGAGUAUGGUUCCGAAAAUGGAAGCUUGCGUUCAAUUUGUGACAAGAACUAAGAGACCAGCUGUCGUGACCAGCAUUGAGAACUUGACCAAAAUUUCCUUGGGUCCUGGAUCUUCAGAAGGCACAUGGAUUGUUCCUUAA